AUAGCAAUACUCCAAUAGCCGAACAGUAUAUACAGCGGAGCUCCGUCGUCGUCCAACGAAUCGCGAACAGCGGCUAGGGCCUACUGUUACGGUAAAAUUUAAUAUGAUUGCCCAACUGUCACUGUUCGUGAUCAUCGUGUACUUGUUUCGGAGAUUUCAAAUUGUCAAAAGAAUGUUCAGGCCAGGAAGUCCUAUGUUUGCUGUUGGGUACACUGUGUAUGCAAAGACAAGAGUUGGGAAUUAUUUAAACAGGCGAGACCUCACUAAGAACAGAUUGCAAUUCCCAGAUGGACAUUCUCUGGUGGAACAGACUGAAUUACAAGGUGUGAUAAUUCUUCCUAUCCCCUACCUGAAGGAUAACUAUGCAUACUUGAUCAUUGAUAAAAGAUCAAAUGUAGCUGUUGUGAUAGACCCUGGUGAUGCAGAAGCUGUGCAGAAGGUGAUUGAAGAACAGAAUGUACAGCUAACAGCUAUCCUGACAACACAUAAACAUUGGGAUCACUCAGGAGGCAACAGGAAGCUCAAAUCUUCAUAUUCAAACCUUUCUGUUUAUGGAGGUGAGAGAGAUGGUGUUCCUGGUGCUACUCAUAAUUUAAAAGAUGGAGAAUGUAUUCAAUUUGGAGAUUUAAAGUUCACUGCACUAUUUACACCAGGACAUACUGUAGGUCACAUGGUUUAUCUACUUGAUAGAUCAGAUAAGAGCUCUCUCUUCACAGGUGAUAUUCUUUUCUUAGGUGGAAAUGGUCGAAUGUUUGAAGGGGCUCCAUCUAUCAUGCUUAGUAGUCUUGAUAAAAUCUGCAGUCUUUCUGAUGAUAUACUGAUAUGGCCAGGUCAUGAAUAUGCAUUAGAUAACCUCCAGUUUGCUCAUAACUUUGAUGCAGAAAAUGAAGAUGUCACAAGAAAACUACAUUGGGUGGAGGAGAGGAGAAAAGAAAGGAAAAUUACAAGCCCAUCAACCCUUGGUGAGGAGAAAACCUACAACCCAUUCUUGAGGACUUCAGAAGACAGUAUCCUACAGAAGGUUGAUCCCGGACACCAGACCACAUCUGACAGACAAGCCUUGAGGGCUAAAGCUCUGGCUUUCCUUCGCAAGAGCAAAGAUUCUUUUAGCUACAAACUAUAAGUAAGCAUUAGUUAAAUUAUGAAACUCAUGAACUGAGAGGUUUCGCAUGAUUUGACGAGUCAAAAUCGGUGCCUUCCUCUCAGCUGUAAAGUGCAGUUCUCAUUGACUUCAGGUUGGCAAUUCAUGUCAGAUAGACAUGCUUCAAGGGAAAAAGUCAUUGCUUUCAUCUGCAAAGACUAUUACAAAUUAUAGGAUCUAUUAAUUUCAAGGUUAAUGAGCAUUAUAAAUUUGGAGGUUUAUCUUGUACUUUCUAAAGUUGAUCUCAAGUACCUUGUAACUUCAUGGCUGAAGCUCUCACUUUCCAUCUAAGAGCAAAAUCUUUCACAAGAAUUUAGUAAUCAUAAACUUUUAAAAUUUCAAAUAUCAGCAAGUGGUGUUUGUAUUGUACAUGUACAAUAAAAUUUUGAAGGAGUAAACAAAUGUUAUUCAUUUUUUAUUAUGGUGAUUGGUAAUGAAUUUGUAUAGGACUGCUUACAUUCCACAUCAGAAAGAAGACGAAUAAUUACACAUCCAUUAGAAGUAGGAAUAAUCAGGCUUGCCAGACAUAGCAACAAGUAUGAAAACUGAACUGUAAUAUUCAAUUCUUUAUAUUCAUUGAUGAAUGGUAUGAACCACAGGUACCUAAUUUAUUCUAAAAUAUAUGUUGGGAUAAUACCAGUCAACAUGUAACAAUGUCACACAUGUUAUGAAUUAUCACCAUCAUCAUCUGUUAUAGAAUAGUGCUAAAUUUAUCGAUCUUUGAGUUUGAUCUCUACUAUAUGUAUUAGUGCCAGAAUUGAAGGUUAAAUGAAUAUUGUUUUUUUCUUUGAAUGUUAUAUCAUUCAAGUGCGCAAAGAUGAUGAAUGCUUGCACAAAGCAUCACUCUAAUACAUCUAGGCUACUGAAGGUCAAUCGAAUUUUAGAUUUUUGUAUUUUGAAAAAAAAAUUGUAUGUUUACUUGUACUUAUGGAGUUUUGUGCAUAUUUUAGAAAAUGUAAUUUUAUAUGUUGUUUAUAUUAUAAAUACAUGUAUUUUUUGUAAAGCAACUUAAAACUUGUAUACCUUUAUCAUGUCAAAUCCUAUUUUUGUAUGCCGUUAUGUACAUACUAUAGCCAAGCUAUCUAAUUAUAUGAACUGCCAUUCUCUUUGGAAUUCUCAGGAUUGUGAGAUGCAUUUGUGGCUUGUGUAAAGCGGCAUGCCAUUGACAAAUCAUGGGGAAAUUGAAUCAGUACGAAAUUUGCAAAAGGACAGUUGACUUGCAUAAUAUAAUCCAUCCGUCAUGAGAGCCUGUCGGACUGUGAUAAAGUUUGGACAGCACAAAUUUGACUGAAUUCGUGAUUGUUAUUGGGUUGUCUCAGUUCUUGUUUCAAACAAUCCCGAUUCCUAUAGAAGAAGGUUUCUUGAUUGCUAAACCAAAAUAAAUAUCCUCUGUGAAGUUAAAUGUUUCAAAGUGAAAACCUGCAGUUUACUUCCAGUUGGUUAGUCUAUCGCUCUCCUAUUAGACCUCCCAGACAUGCUGGCAUCUAUUACAUAAUACCCCCAGGCAUGCAGCCGAGUGAAAGACUUGAAUCUUUUCUCUGUUCUGAGAUUGGCCUCGAUUUCCCCAUGAAUUGACAAUAGUAGGUCACUUUAAAAUGUUUCAAUUUAUGUGAAAUUGUUCAGUUAUUAAUAACAUAUAUGUACAGUAAGUUUCAUGUGCAAAUAAGCUGACAUGUAUGUGGGAAUGGGCAGAUAAAGACACAAUGUCAAAAGAAUAUUAUGGUGUAUUAUUAAGCUGAAUUCAAACUGUAUUCUUUGAACCCUUAAUUGCUUGGGAUGUUUGUAACCCUCAUCCUAAAUUUUGUGUGCAUAUCAAGCAUACUGACAUGAAAAUAAUCUCCCAUUCCCUUGAUUUGUCAUCUUUCUCUGCUGGUACCUGGCCCAGCGCUGAUCAGCUGAUGUUUUGCAGUUCGUGUCUGUUUCAUCCUCUAAGUCACUACUUUGAUUGUAAAGACUGAUCAAUAGCUAUAUCAUACUUAGCAGAUGAUUUGCAGAGUACUAUCGCAUGAGCCUUGUCAGUAGAGUAGUAUCUUUUGGCCAUUUGUUAUGUUAAAACAUUCGAAAUCAAAGCAAAGCAAAAUCAAAACAAAUAUCCCCAUACCGUAUUAGCAAGAUGACAUUAUUUUGAAAAGAUCACCUUAUAUUAAGACCAGUGUUUGUCAAGUCACAUCACUUCUGGUGGGUGUUUUAGAAAGCUGUAAGUUAAAGGUAAAAGACAGUAGUUGCAGCAAAGAUAAAUGCCAGGCUGAAUAUUUGAUGAUGUAAACAUCUGUCCCCCUUGAAUAAUUUGUGUUUAUUAAUACAUGAAAAGAUACUGUUAUUGAUUACAACACAUAGUAUAUAUGGUUUUUAAAUCUGGGCCCUGUCUUACAAAGAGUUACUUUUGAUCCAAUUGAUCUCAACUGUAUGGAAAUCCAUCCACACCAUAAU